UUCUUCCCCAGAUUUCCACAGCUUUCCCUCUAUUGAAACCUCAUUUUCUAUUUCCUUGAAAACCAUACCCCCAACCCAACACCCCUCUUCCUCUCUCUCUCUCUCUCUCUCUCUCUCUCUCUCUCUCUCUCUCUCUCUGGUUUUUUUUUUCCUCUCAAGGUCUCAAAUUUCAGACACCCAUUUCGUUUCUCUGUCUCUUAUCUCCUGCGGACUCCAGAUUCUGAAAGGUUGUCCCUUUCCAUGGUUCUUCAUCGCCAUCUUCUUCUUCUUCUCUCGGUUCUUGCCGCAGUUUCUUCUUGGGUUUCAUCUGAUGAAGAUGCAUUCAUAGGAGUGAACAUAGGGACCGAUCUCUCAGACAUGCCACAUCCAACACAAGUUGUAGCUCUCCUCAAAGCUCAGCAAAUCAGACACAUCCGGCUAUAUGACACUGACCCGGGAAUGCUAACUGCCCUUGCAAAUACUGGCAUCAAAGUCGUUGUCUCUGUUCCAAACGAUCAGCUCCUAGGCAUUGGCCAAUCAAACUCCACAGCGGCCAAUUGGGUCAAACGCAAUAUCAUCGCUCAUUAUCCUGCCACGAACAUCACUGCCAUAGCUGUAGGUUCAGAUGUUCUGACAACUCUUCCCAAUGUUUCUCCUGUUCUAGUGAAUGCAAUCAAGAACAUUCACUCGGCUCUACUCUCGUCAAAUCUUGAUGGGCGGAUCAAAGUGUCUACUCCUCUAUCCACUUCUUUAAUCCUCGACCCUUUUCCUCCUUCGCAAGCCUUCUUUAACCGCUCAUGGAAUCCGGUUUUGGUCCCAUUGCUGAGCUUUUUGCAGUCCACGGAUUCGUAUCUCAUGCUUAACGUGUAUCCUUACUAUGACUACAUGCAAUCAAAUGGUGUGAUUCCUCUAGACUAUGCCCUGUUCAAACCAAUCCCUCCGAACAAAGAAGCCGUGGACUCAAACACGCUCGUUCACUACUCAAAUGCCUUUGAUGCCGUGGUUGAUGCCGCCUAUUUUGCCAUGGAAUUUCUCAACUUCACUAACAUUCCUGUUGUGGUGACAGAAUCAGGUUGGCCUUCAAAGGGUGAUUCUGAUGAGCCAGACGCUACUAUCGAGAACGCCAACACAUACAACAGCAAUCUGAUCAGACAUGUUCUGAACAAGACAGGGACUCCUAAGCAUCCGGGAAUCGCAGUCAGUACCUACAUUUACGAGCUUUACAAUGAGGACACGAAGGUUGGACCGAUGUCGGAGAAGAACUGGGGGCUGUUUGAUGCGAAUGGCCACCCGGUUUACAUACUACGGUUAACUGAUUCAGGCUCGGUUUUGGCAAAUGACACUACAAACCAGACAUACUGCACUGCAGGGGAAGGGGCUGACCUGAAAAUGCUUCAGGCGGCUCUAGACUGGGCUUGUGGCCCAGGGAAGGUAGAUUGUUCACCGAUAAAGCAAGGAGAAGCUUGCUAUGAACCGGAUAACGUGGCUGCACAUGCAACCUAUGCCUUUGAUACUUAUUAUCAUAGGAUGGGGAACGAUCCUGAAGCUUGUAACUUCAAUGGGGUUGCUUCAAUCACGACGAGAGAUCCAAGUCAUGGUUCGUGUGUGUUUCCCGGAAGCCACGGAGGUGGUAGGAACGGAACAUCGGUGAACAUAACGGCGCCAUCCAUGAAUUCUACAAGUUCGGGGUUAACAACGGACAUGUUUUUUAGUUGUGGAAUGUGGAACAUGUUAACUGUGAUUCUGAGUAUAAUCUUCUUGUGAGGGCUUUGAAGAGUCUUAUCAGAAAGCUUUUGAUUGUGAGGUUCCGAUGGGGUUGGUGUAUUAGUAGAAAUAAUUUGGAGUUAGAUUAGCAAGGACGCACUGUAAUGAUCCAAUUUUGUACUCGCAAUCUGAAACAUUUGAGUUAUUUUUUUACUUUUCCUUGUUCAAAUUGCCAAAGAGCA